CCGCUGGUGUUUUCGUUUGUCGCCGAAGGAGUGUGUCAGUCUUUCCUUCACUCUUGUUUUUGUGUGUGAGCUGUAGCGUUUGAGAGUCUCUGGAUGUGUCCUGUCCUCACCCACACAACGGACCUGUCUGCCGCUCAGUAUCCGGUCACGUCAGUCACACUGACACCAAUUGUGGGGCCGCUUUUCUCUUUUAUUUUCAUUAGCGGAGCUGGACCCGCACACCGGGACCCAGUCCAGCCCGGCUCGGCUCGGUUCGGUGGACGGGACACAGCGGGGAUUUAAACGACAGAGCCCGACCAGAGAUGGAGAGACGCAGACAGAUGUGAACGGAACCAGCGCUAUGGAGAUUCAUCCACUAUGCACUAAGCUUUGCCAUCAUAAAGCUGUGGAGCUGAAGGAUGAUGUGUGUGAGAAACAGAGUGCGGUCACCAUCAAUCCACGUCACAUGAGGAAAGCUUUCAGGAUCAUGAAUGAGCUCCGCAGUCAGAGUGUGUUGUGUGAUGUCACCAUCAUUGCGGAGGAUGUGGAGAUAGCUGCUCAUCGAGUCGUCUUAGCUGCGGGGUGUCCGUACUUCCACGCUAUGUUUACAGGAGAGAUGACUGAGAGCCGUCAGAAGAAGGUUCGAAUCAAAGAGAUUGACGGCUGGACUCUGGGAAUGCUGAUCGACUAUGUUUACACUGCUGAGAUCCAAGUGACAGAGGAGAAUGUGCAGGUGCUCUUGCCCGCCGCUGGUCUGCUGCAGCUACAGGAAGUUAAAAAGGCCUGCUGCGAGUUUCUCAUAACUCAACUUCACCCAACCAACUGCCUCGGUAUCCGCGCCUUCGCUGAUUUGCACGCCUGCACGGAGCUGCUCAAUCUCGCCAACACGUACGCAGAGCAACACUUCUCAGAGGUCGUGCAGAGUGAAGAGUUUCUCAAUCUGGGUAUGGAGCAAGUGUGCAGCCUCAUAGCAAGCGACAAACUGACCAUUCCAUCAGAAGAAAAGGUGUUUGAAGCGGUCAUAGCUUGGGUCACGCAUGAUAAAGAUGUGCGUCAGGAACACAUGGCUCAUCUGAUGGAACAUGUUCGCUUGCCUCUUCUUUCCAGAGAAUACCUCGUACAGAGGGUGGAGGAGGAAACUUUAGUGAAGAACAGCAGUGCCUGUAAAGACUACCUAAUUGAAGCCAUGAAGUACCACCUGCUGCCGGCCGAGCAGCGCUCCAUGAUGAAGACCAUCCGCACCAGAGUGAGAACACCCAUCAGCUACCCAAAGGUGAUGAUGGUGGUGGGGGGACAGGCCCCUAAAGCCAUCCGCAGUGUGGAGUGCUAUGAUUUCGAGGAGGAGAGAUGGUUCCAAGUGGCAGAAUUACCCUCCAGACGAUGUCGAGCAGGUGUGGUGUACAUGGGUGGUGUUGUGUAUGCUGUCGGGGGUUUUAACGGCUCAUUACGAGUGAGGACGGUGGAUGCAUAUGACCCAGUAAAAGACGAGUGGUGUUGUGUCAGCAGCAUGCAGGACCGGAGGUCAACGCUUGGCUCCGCUGUCCUCAACGGACUGCUUUAUGCUGUUGGGGGCUUUGAUGGCAGCACAGGUUUGGCUACUGUAGAGGCAUAUAAUGCUAAGGCCAAUGAGUGGUUCCACGUGAGUCCCAUGAACACGCGACGUAGCAGUGUUGGAGUUGGCGUUGUUGGAGGUCUGCUUUAUGCAGUCGGAGGGUAUGAUGGAGCAACUCGUCAGUGUUUGAGCACAGUUGAGGCCUAUAACCCCAACACCAAUGAAUGGGCUUAUACAGCAGAGAUGGGAACCCGCCGUAGUGGUGCAGGUGUAGGUGUGUUAAAAGGUCUCCUGUAUGCAGUAGGGGGGCAUGACGGCCCCUUGGUUAGAAAGAGCUGUGAGGUUUAUGACCCUGCCACGAACACGUGGAAACAGGUGGCUGAUAUGAAUAUGUGCCGAAGGAACGCAGGGGUAUGUGCCGUAAAUAACCUGCUAUAUGUGAUCGGUGGCGAUGAUGGCUCAUGCAACCUGGCUUCAGUGGAAUUCUACAAUCCUAACACUGAUAAAUGGACUCUGCUUCCCACCUGCAUGAGCACAGGACGCAGCUACGCAGGUCAGAGAAAGAGGCUGUGUUCAAAAUGGCAAACCACUGCUUUUUGUGGUAUAUAUUUUGUGUACUAUUUAUUCAAAAGUUCAUUUUUCAGUCAUUUCUUUUAAGUAUCAUUGUUUCCACAAAACAAAAUUUUGCAGCACAACUGUUUUUAAUGUUAAUAAUAAGAAGAAAUGUUUGUUGAUCACCCAAUCAGUAUAUUAGAAUGUUUUCUAAAGGAUCAUGUGACACUAAAGACUGGAGUAAUUGCUGCACCGGAAUAAAUUACAUUUUAAAAUAUUUUGAAAUGGGAAAAAAAGAAGUUAUUUUCUUCGUUAUUUUAAAGUGAAAGAAUAUAUCACAGUAUUACUGUAUUUUUGAUCAAAUAAAUGCAGCCUUGAUGAGCAUAAGAAACAUAUUUCCAAAAAAACACUUUUGAGCAGUUAUGUAAUGUAAUACCUAAAUGUCCUUCAGUGCUUUCCAAGUGUGCCAUAUGUCCCACAAUGCAAUGUAUUCUACUUCAUCUUCUAUUUCCAGGGUAAUGAAUGAACCGGGUGAAUUUUAAAG